AUGAAGAACAUGAGAUCGUUCGUCGCGGCGUUGGCGCACAAAAGCUUGGUGCACGAUGCGCAGUGCGACACACGUUCGCAAACUUUCCAGUCAGAGCGCUACGAAGUCGGUGUCAGCUGGAAUCCCAAUCGAAUGCACCGAGCCAGUAUGGAGAUUAAUCAGUAUUGGGAGUUGGUGUUGGCAAACACGCCGUCACUAGGUGAUGGAGGCUUGGCGAGAAUCGCACCACCUGAUAUCCACGGAUGCUAUCUCGACUUGGGAACGCCAAGACCGCAAGCCUUGUUCUUUAUUAACGACGGGCACAGUGGCGAUGAAGUGGCGCGGCUAGUCGGGCAAAUCUUGCCAAAGUUGUUUGAGCCCAUUUUCAAGCAGGUUGAUUACGAAAUUGCCACUGCUCGGAUCAGCGAGUCUGGCUGCACAAAUGCGCUGUGCUUGAUUCGGGAUGAGUUGAAUGACGAGGGCCCGCCUCAGAAAGUUGUCUAUGCGGCCAAUGUCGGCGAUACUCGACGCUACAACAUCACUCGAGCGUUUGGAGAUUUGCAGCACAAGCGUCAGAUGAUUAGUGUUCCACACGUUUCCUGUGCACUUCUGGACGAAAAAGAAGACACGCACAUUAUUCUGGUGUGCGAUGGUGUCACCGAUGUGCUCGGAGAUCAAGAUUUAGUCGAUAUUGUCAAAUGCCAUCCCGAUGUGGAACAGUCGAGUACGACCAUUGUACAACAUGCUCUAAAAAGCGGCACAACCGACAACAUUACAUGCAUUGUGGUGAAACUCCUGCCAACCUCUGUCAAGUCCAAAGCGACGGAAGCUGUUUUGGACAAGCAGGCUCUUCCCAGACUUUCCCGGGCGCUGUAG